CUCGCGACUGCGACUCUUGCUUGACCUGGAGAGCUCAUGAUCACCACCAAGUCGCUCUCACACGCGCAUACACGUUCGCAAAUCGCACAUAGAGCAUCGCCAACAAGCACAUAUAUCCGCGCAUAACCCCCACGCACGCCCUCACGAUGGCAGGCCGACUGGGGAUGAUGCAGCCGCAAGUGAUUGUGCUGCGUGAAGGCACCGACACUUCGCAAGGCAGAGGUCAGCUGCUGUCCAACAUUGGCGCCUGCCUCUCCAUCGUAUCCUGCGUGGCAUCCACGCUCGGACCGCGCGGCAUGGACAAGCUGAUGGUGAAUGAGCGAGGCGAGGCGACCAUCUCCAACGAUGGGGCGACCAUCUUGAAGCUGCUGGAUGUGGUUCACCCCGCAGCCAAGACGUUGGUGGAUAUCGCUAGAGCGCAGGAUGCAGAGGUGGGCGAUGGCACGACCAGCGUGGUGCUGCUAGCAGGAGAGAUGCUCAAGGAAGCGCGUCCCUUUGUCGAGGAAGGCGUCAGUCCUCAUGUGAUCGUCAAGGGAUACCGCAAAGCAGCGCGCCUGGCCAUCGAUCGCAUCAAGCAGCUGAGCAUCACGAUCGACAAGUCGGAUGCCGUGGCCUUCAAGGAUCUACUGAGAAAGUGCGCGGCUACAAGCAUGAACUCCAAACUCAUCUCUUCUCAGCGAGACUUUUUCACAAACAUGGUCGUCGAUGCCGUCUCUUCCUUGGACCAGCAAGAUCUUGACGAGAGCCUGAUCGGCGUCAAAAAGGUUCCAGGCGGCGCCAUGCAGGACUCUCUGUUGGUGCAAGGUGUGGCCUUCAAAAAGACGUUUGCAUACGCGGGCUUUGAGCAGCAACCCAAAUCCUUUGCAUCGCCCAAGAUUCUCUCUCUCAACGUCGAAUUGGAGUUGAAGGCGGAGAAGGACAAUGCCGAGGUGCGCAUCGAUCAAGUGUCCGAAUAUCAAGCCAUCGUGGAUGCAGAGUGGCAAAUCAUCUACAGCAAGUUGGAAGCCAUCGUCAAGACUGGAGCAAAAGUCGUCCUCUCCAAGCUGCCGAUCGGCGAUCUCGCGACACAGUACUUUGCCGAUCGCGACAUUUUUUGCGCUGGUCGCGUAGCCGCAGACGAUUUGAAGCGCGUCGUCCAAGCGGUAGGCGGAGCGGUGCAGUCGACGUGCAGCGAUAUCCACGACGAACACUUGGGAACGUGCGACACUUUCGAAGAGAAGCAGAUUGGCGGAGAGCGAUUUAACCUGUUUCAAGGUUGCCCGCAAGCAAAGACUUGCACCCUCAUUCUGCGCGGUGGUGCCGAGCAGUUCAUCGCAGAAGUCGAACGCAGCUUGCACGAUUCCAUCAUGAUCGUCAAGCGAGCCAUCAAGAACAAUAGCGUCGUCGCUGGAGGUGGUGCCACCGAGAUGGAAAUCUCCCGCUUUCUGCGCGAACACGCGCGGACAGUCGAGGGCAAGCAGCAACUGAUCAUUUCGGCCUUUGCCAAGUCGCUGGAAUGCGUUCCUCGUCAAUUGUGCGACAAUGCCGGUUUCGACGCGACGGAUCUGCUGAACAAGCUGCGCAUGAGGCACGCGCAGGGACACACGUGGGAAGGGAUCGACAUUGAGACCGAAAAUGUGGCGGACAAUUUGGAGAGACAUGUGUGGGAGCCGGCGCUGGUCAAGAUCAAUGCGCUGUCGAGCGCGGCAGAGGCGGCUUGUUUGAUUCUUUCGGUCGAUGAGACGAUUCGAAAUGAGCAGAGCGAGAGGCCCAACCCAAAUACGAAGCCACUUCCACCAGGUGCGGCGCAGAGAGCGAUGAGAGGAAGAGGAAGAGGAGGUGUACCUAGACGAUGAAGAGGCAGGCCGCAGCGCAUCGAUGACGUGGGGCUCAUGACGCGAGUCAGCUCGCGUACGAAAUACAUGCACUCGGCGAGCCAGCACGCAUCGCGUCGAUGGAUCGUGUGCGCAACCCCGUGUUGGAUGGUGACGUGGUCGCGUGCGGUAAGACGGCGCGCGCCGCAUCUUGAUGGUCGCCAGCGAGCGUGAGCAUGCUGUCGAGCCAAGAAAAGUAGUAGGAUAUCUCUGUGCGCUUCAAGCUAGUCGGCUGGAGACGCGAAUCGAACCAUCGAGCUGCAAAGAAAAGGGAGGAAGGAUGAUGGGUAGCCGCAAAUCGCUCACCUCGUAAUUCGGCAAUGGAUGGG